UUACAUUAAAUAGUCUAUCUCUCAGAAAAAUCAACUUUCAUCCAUAAUUUCAACCACUGUCUUAUGAAUUUUCGAUCAGGUCACGCGUCCUGACACGAGUAUAACAUUUUAUACCCAUCCCAAGAAAAGUGCUCAACGAUACUAAAGAAGAUAUCACUGUAAAAAAUUGGAUCGUAGUUAAAUUCUAUUUUUACUGGCCUACUUGAUUUCGUUAAGUUUUUAUUAUUGACCGUAUUUCCUAGAACUGUCAUGCCGAGCUAAUUUGGCGGACGUAUACGUUGUUUUACAUCAUCUAUGCGAGUUAAGUUGACAUUUGACGGACGUCACACUUAUACUAUUAUACUACCUAGUACCUACUCUACGUCUAGAAUAUUUACAAUAAAUAUUUAUGUAUUAUUGUUAGUUUUACUACAAAAAUAAAAAAAAAAUGAAGUGAUUCAAAUUGUAGUCCUUAAUAUUAUUCUCAUCCGUAGAAAAAUAUCCAAAAUUGAUUUUCAAACUGACAAUACAAAUUAUCGUCAUGGAGCAGAUACAAAGUGUUCCAGUCAGUUUGCCUAUCGUCCAAGUCUACCAGCCGUCGGUAUCAAUACAUCCAUCACUUAAUACGCAAGGGAAAAUGUCGUAUCAAGACUCGGAACCCAUCCAAAUCCCCAUGACGCACAAUAUAUCCAAUCAUUUGCUAACACAAAAUCAAACUGUGAUAUCAUGUCAACAAAUACAGUUGCAAAACGUACAGACACUCCAGGCUCAAAACCAGGUGCUACAUAAUGAUAUUAACCAGCAAUUGCAGAUUACCUCUCAUGUUAUUGUGCCACAGCCUAUAUACAAGCAACAUUUGCUGACUGGUACAGUACAGCAUCAGUAUUAUGGACAGUAUGUUGAAUAUCUAAAAGAACAUCUAAUAACUAAGGUUGAAGACACACCACAUACUGAGCAACUACUGGAACAAGAAACUGAAUCUUCUCCGGCUGAUUCUUGUGUUGUUGCAAAAGAAGUCACAGUCAAGACGAGGCUGCGAAGUGAUUUUUCAAAUCCUAACAAUUGGGCUUGCAAUAUACGAAAGUUGAAACACCAGAAGGGCGAGGCAUACAUAAACAGAAGAGGAAAAUAUGUCCCAGAGAAACAUAUUCGUAAUACUAAAGACUGUCUAAAAGCAUGUCGAUACAAAUGCAAUGAGAGAAUUAACGAUGCCGACAGACACUCAAUAUUUGAGGCGUUUUAUUCCUUAAAUACUAAUGAAAAGAAACAUUUCCUGCUGAGUACAACGGAGAGACACCAAGUGAGAAAUACAGAGACCAAAUAUGAGGGCAAACGUAAUUAUACAUUUAAAUAUUUCUUUGUAAUACGAUCUGAACGCCAUGUUGUGUGUAAAAACUUUUAUUUAGGGACUCUAGCAAUAUCUCAGAAACCAGUGUAUAAUGUGCAUUUAAAUAAAUCUGAUCUCAACUUACCAAAACCGGAUGGAAGAGGGCUUUCAGAAUCCAGUGUGCAUGCUGUACCAAAUGAAUUAAAAGACCGCGUAAGGCAACAUAUUAUAUCGUUUACAACAAUAGACACAAAACCUAUCAAGCAAUUUUCACGUAGAAGACAAUAUCUAGACUCAAGUUUUAAUAUUAAAUAUAUGUAUACAUUGUAUUGUACUGAGUGUACGAAGGACAAUGUAGCCCCUGUUAAGGAGUCUAUGUACAGGAAAAUAUUUCAUGAUGAAUUUAAUUUGUACUUUAAGAAAAAUAAGGCAAGCCUUUGCGGUAAGUGUAAGGAACCAUUGAAGAAGUCUUGACAUUUUUAGACUUGUGAAAUAAAUUGAUAUUUAUAUUUUCAAAGGAUAUAUUAAAAAAUAAGGGAUUGAGUUCAGUAAUCUUAUAUAUAGAUUGCUUUGCAAUUGAGCAACUGUUAAGUUGCAAAAUAUUUAUACUCAGUGAGAGUUUUAAAAGCGAAUCAAUGCUGUUGAAAUGUGAUAUGAGCUUUUUUGAAUUCUAUGAAUAAGUGAAGUUGAAAAAUAAAUAAGAAAUAUAUAUAGGAUAUAAUCAUUGAUUGAGGAUUUGUCUCCGCGGUGCUCCAAGUAGAUACCGCAUUACCUAAGAACAAUAGCUUUUUUAUUACGGCAACUAUUAGAUGCUUGUGUGCGUGGCAUCUUGACACUCAAUGGCAUCUUACAAAUUUUGCAACAUACGCUUCGUGUUAUUUUAAAUUGAAAUAAAUAAAGAGUUUCGUCGUAUUGGCUUUGGUUGACACACGUGUGGUGUUUUUCGGAGUGUUAUUUUUGUUGAAAAGUGGCCGGUUUUUGUGUUUACCUAUUGUUUAUUGGUGGUCGUAUAAUUUAGUGUGUUGGGAAUGGAGGUAGAACCCCCUCCAGUUCCACCAGACCCCGAUGGGUCUAGAAAUACGUCUCGACAGGCUGCUUCAGAAAGCGGAAAAAAUCCCCCUAAGCGUCGUAACCAAGCACACGCCUCCUUCGUUCGCUGAAGGCCCUAAAGGUUACAGUAAGGAUGACAAAGGUCCGUUUAUAGUUCACGUGUCCAGGAAGGUCUCGGCCCAUCUGCAGGCACAUCCGUGCCUUGAAGUUUGGACUGUUCCUACACCAAAUAAAUGCACGCACAUUGUUAAGGACGGUAUUAAAAGUGUUGGCCGCAACAGAGUAAGUGUCGAAUUUUCAAACGCUCAAGCAGCUACUUUCUAAGUAACCAAAUUUUGACUUUGACAAAAUACAAAGCAGUAAUUCCGACUUUUAACAUUACUCGGAUGGGCCUAGUCCGAGUUGUCCCUGUAGACUGGUCUAUGGAGGACUUUGUCGAAUCCCUGGAACUGCCGAUUGGCUGUGGCGAGGUUUUGAAAGCCCACCGCUUAAACCACAGGAACAUUAUUAAAGGUAUUGUCGAGUUGAUAAUGAGUCGAGCCCACUCAAUCGGUUGUUUUGACUUUUAGAGGCCAGAUGCUUCCCUCAAAAAUUUUCUCAUUUUAUACAUCCCUCCCCGUUGAAACCUAUAAAUUCCCGACUAUUCAGUGCCUGAACUGCUGUCGUUUUGGCCACGUUAAAGCACAGUGUAGGUCUGAGCCCAGGUGUUACAGAUGUGCCCAGCCCCACACAGGCGAGUCCUGCGAUGUUCUAAAAGAAAAAGCUUCCUGCUUGCAUUGCUCAGGCAACCAUUUUGCGUCGGAUAAGGACUGUCCAGAGUUUUUACGCCAAAAAAACAUAAAGAUUAUUAUGUCUCAGGAUAAUAUAUCGUAUUUAGAUGCAUCGGCCCGUUUCCCCCCAGUCCGCAGGUCAUAUGUGGAGAUGACCAGGGAGUUCUUCUCCUCUCCUACAUUUUCCCGUUAACUCUUCCCAACCUACCAACUCAUCUCAACUCAGCUCCAACCCUAAAAGAUCUUAUCGGGAGACAAUUAUUCGUUCUCCUCGCCCCCGUACCCCCUUAGCAAAGGGUUACAAUAAGCAGGCCCAUGACGCUAUUAGCAACCCUCUUCCCAAUGGCUGUGCUCUUGGCAACAGCCAACCCGACUUCCUUCAAUCCCAAGGAAAAAUGUUAGAAGACCUUUCGUCAUUGCUCCUAAGCAUCGUUGCUCCAUGCAGCGAACUUCCAUUACCGACCAACGUUGUUCAAAAUCUAACCCGUCUUUUUAAUAUCUUGAACAUUGGCCCCAACAGUUCUUCUGCAAUGGAACUGUAAAAGUAUCCGUGCUAAGAAAUACGAUCUUAUAUCAUCAAUUAACCUUCAUAGCCCUGUUAUAAUUGCCAUCUCGGAGACAUGGCUGAGGCCUGGAGCCCGAUUUCGGGACCCUGGUUUCUUGUGUUUGCGGGAUGACAGGGAUGAUGGCUAUGCGCGUAGUGCGAUUUUCAUCCGGCAAAACAUUUAUUUUUCUUCUAUUCCUAUUCCCCCUCACAGUAAUCAGAUUAAUGCUGUUGCUGUGAGAGCUGAACAUAUUUCCUUCCUCUCUUUAUAUAUUCCACAUCCAAGCCCCUCCCUUAUUCCAGAAAUUGAAUCUAUUCUAGCUUCUCUCCCCAGUCCCAAUGUGAUUAUGGGUGAUUUUAACGCCCACUUUGUGGGGGUGUUGCAACUGUGACGACUUUACUCUGUCGUUUGUUGAUAUCUUUGAGGAUAUAAAUUUUUGUAUAUGCAUAUAAUGAUGGCUCUCCGACCCCAAGAGUUUACCCCAAUCAGAACCAGAAAUCGGCAGUAGAUCUAUCCCUUUCUUCAAUUUCCCUUGCAUCUCAGUUAUCCUGGCAAACUCUUCCUACUACCUGUGGCAGCGACCACUUCCCUAUUAUCCUUACUCUAAAUAAUAGGUCAAUUCCUCUCCCCAAUCCUAACCCCUUACAAAAAUAUAAAUUGCAGAACGCAGAUUGGUCUCGCUAUGCUCAAACCGUGGAUGAUUUGAUGGAUUCCCUUCCUUAUCUUCAGUGUGAUGGUAACGUCUUGACUUACUGUGAACAUUUUGUCAAAUCUCUUUAUUUCUUUGGCCGAUUCCAACAUUCCCCGAAAAAUCUUUCUGCCUUCCCCUCCCUGGUGGGAUGGAGAAUGCAAAGACUUGUUUAAUGAGAUAGUAGCAGCAGAGAAAGAGUACGCAGCCCAAAUGAUAGAAGAGAAUUUCAUGAAAUAUAAGCGUAUUGAUGCUAAAACUAAAAGGAUGGUAUGAAAAAAGAAAAAGCUUGGCCUGACUAAGUUCUGUGAAUCACUUAACCCCAGAUCGCCUUCUAUUGUUUGGCUAAACAUAAGAAGAUUUCGCAGAACCCUUAACUACUCCGAUCCAAACUCCAACAAUCCAUCUGAGUGGCUUAGUACUUUUGCUGACAAACUUGCUCCACCGUAUGGACCCAUCAGGACGAUUUCCCUCUUUCUACACCAGCACCCAUAAUGUCCAAAAUGGAUGCUCUCUUUUCAGAGCUUCAGAUAGCUCUUGGAGGUCUAAAAGAUUCACCCCCUGGAGAAGAUGGUGUGCCCUACUCUUUUUUAAUGAAUUUAAAUAUUCCUUUCUAAAUUUGAUUAAUGGUUUUUUUGAAAAAGGAAUAAUUCCAGAUUCAUGGAAGUCUCGAAUAGUGAUCCCUCUUCUCAAGCCUGGAAAAAAAGUAUCAGAUCCCAAUGCAUACAGACCUAUUGCACUGUCGUCCACCUUAGCAAAAGUUACGGAGAUCCUCCUUAAGAACCGACUAGAGUGGAUAAUGGAAGGCAGAGGAAUGCUGGCCCCUUCACAGUUCGGUUUCCGCAAGGGCCUCAGCACUGCAGACAGCCUCAGUAUACUGACUACAGACAUUCGAACUGCCUUUGGUAAGGGGUGUUUUUAUCGAUGUAGCCUCUGCAUAUGAUAAUGUACUUCUUCCGUUGCUCUGGCAAAAACUGCACUAGCUGAGUGAUAGUGAUAUGUAACCUGCUUUCUGGCAGGUCAGUUAUAGUAAAACACCAGUUUUCCAGUCUCCCACCCAGAUGAGUCUGGAAAGGUCUUCCCCAAAGCUCUGUUCUCAGUCCUCUGCUAUACAGCAUACUACUCAGGAUCUACAAUUGUCUGUUAAUAGUUUUUGUAACAUCUUGCAGUAUGCUGAUGAUAUUGUCCUUUAUCAUAGCUCAGGCUCUAUAGAGGAAAUAUCCCAAUGCCUCAACUCUGCUUUGUAUUAUUUAGGGUAAUGGCUCUCCGACCACGGCCUAUCUUUGUCAGUGUCUAAAUGCCAGGUAGUUGUGUUUACAAGGAAGAGAUGUAUCCCUACCUUUAGCUUUAACUAUGAGGACCACGUCAUCAACUUGGUAGAUAAGGCAAAGUUCCUUGGAGUUACCCUUGAUUACAGACUGAACGGAUUGGCUCAUACCGAAUAUGUAAUUAAUAAAUGUGAAAAGGGCAUCAAGGUUCUAUCUAUUGGAUAGUUUCCGUAAGUUUACUAAUCUCCCUCCCUCUCCCUUAUUAUCUUUAUCGAUGAGUCCUCUAUUCUCCACAUCAUAUGAAGCCCUGGUUUUCAAUCCUUCCGUCGUUACUGAUCUUGGUUUGGUCAAAGGAGCCCCGGAUACUAAUUCGAAAUUUCAAUGCUUAGUUCAUCAAAAUUGGUCAAAUCACCUUCUUAUCUACACUGAUGCUUCAAAGAUGUCUAGGCAAAGUCGUGUUAGCGUAGCCUGCUGGGUCCCCCCAGCUUUAAAAUCAUUUUACAAUUCAAAUGUCCUCCUGAGUCUUCGGUGUUUACAGGGGAGGCCGUUGCCUUAUUAGAAGCAAUCCUGUUUACCCGCUCUCAUAACCUGAAUCAAAAUGUUUUUUUUACUGACUCCCUUAGUUCUUUAUCAUCCAUCAAGGAAAAUCCAUACCGGAGUAAGUUAAGACAACCAAUUAUUCUGCAGAUUAGGGAGGCUCUGUUUUCCUGUCAUCCAAAUGGAAUAGAUGCAACACUUGUCUGGAUACCAGGUCAUUCUGGCAUUGCAGGCAACGAAACAGCAGACUCUUGUGCUAAAGCUGCUAUACAAGUAGGUUCCUAUGAACAUUUUAAAAAUAGUUCCCAAGAUCUGAGAAAAAACCUGUCACAUAAAUUAUCCCAAUUAAAUUCAUACAAAAUUUCCAUUCAUAACGUGUCUCUUCAAUUCCACUCGACAUUGGCGAAAUAAUUUGCGCCCGACUGGUGCAGCCACACGCCAUAUCACAAAAAUGAAUGAAUGAAAUUAAUAAAAUUCAAAAUACUUACUGAUGAUAUGUGA